CUUGCUUGCGACUCUGGCCGUCUUGUCGUCUUUGCCGCCUUCUUCCCUCAUAGCCAUGCAAUGGUGCAGCCCGGCCUCAGGUUGGGCACCAUAUUAGGACACGGCGAGGCGGAGGAGCCCUUCGAUCUUUCCGGUUCUGCGCCCCCAUCCUUUCUCCGGGCCCCUCCUACCUGCAGCCUUUGGGGCUCGACGGGACUAACAGCCCGGCAGAGAACCCGGCCGCCGAGCCCCGCCCCCCGGCGCCGGGCUGUUCCCUAGGGUCCGCGCGAGGCAUACCCUCUCCACCCCACCUGCAGCGGGCUCGCUUGCUGCCCGCAAACCUCCAUCCUCCGAAAGACACAGGGUCUGGCCCUCGCGUCUUUCCGCCCCCGCGUCAACUGCUGGGGCACCGCACAUAGCCAGUUCCGGGGCGGUUGCUCGCACCGACCGGAACUCCCCGCCCCCUCCCGUGGCCGCGGGGCCGUGGGAGGCAGCAAGGAGGAGGUAGAGGGGGCGGAGGCCGCGGCACUGAACUGAGCUCUUGACGGGCAUCAUCUCUUAAUCCUCAGAACAUCCCUGGGAGCUCCACAGCGUCCCCUAUCCUGGGCCAUGAGUGAGCUGAAGGACUGCCCCUUGCAGUUCCACGACUUCAAGUCUGUGGACCACCUGAAGGUCUGUCCCCGCUACACAGCAGUGUUGGCCCGCUCUGAGGAUGAUGGCAUCGGUAUCGAGGAGCUGGACACUCUGCAGCUGGAGCUUGAGACCCUGCUUUCUUCUGCCAGCCGACGCUUGCGGGUGCUUGAGGCCGAAACCCAGAUCCUCACCGACUGGCAAGAUAAGAAAGGUGACCGACGAUUCCUGAAGCUGGGUCGAGACCAUGAGCUUGGUGCUCCCCCCAAACAUGGGAAGCCCAAGAAGCAGAAACUGGAAGGGAAGGCGGGACAUGGGCCGGGCCCUGGCCCUGGGCGACCCAAAUCCAAAAACCUUCAGCCCAAGAUCCAGGAAUAUGAAUUCACUGAUGACCCAAUUGACGUGCCACGUAUCCCCAAGAAUGACGCCCCCAACAGAUUCUGGGCUUCGGUGGAGCCCUACUGUGCCGACAUCACCAGUGAGGAGGUGCGCACGCUAGAGGAGCUACUGAAACCCCCAGAAGAUGAGGCUGAACAUUACAAGAUCCCGCCCCUGGGGAAGCACUACUCCCAGCGCUGGGCACAGGAGGACCUGCUGGAGGAGCAGAAGGACGGGGCCCGGGCAGCAGCCGUGGCUGACAAGAAGAAAGGCCUCAUGGGGCCACUGACUGAACUGGACACGAAAGAUGUGGAUGCCCUGCUGAAGAAGUCUGAGGCCCAGCACGAGCAGCCGGAAGACGGGUGCCCCUUUGGUGCCCUGACGCAGCGACUCCUGCAGGCCUUGGUGGAGGAAAAUAUUAUUUCCCCCAUGGAGGACUCUCCUAUUCCGGACAUGUCUGGAAAAGAAUCAGGGGCUGAUGGGGCAAGCACCUCUCCCCGCAAUCAGAACAAACCCUUCAGGCUGGCCCUUGAGCUGAGCACUGCCUUUGCCUGCAGUGUGCCGCAUACCAAGUCCCUGGAGAGCCGCAUCAAGGAGGAGCUGAUCGCCCAGGGCCUGCUGGAAUCUGAGGACCGCCCUGCAGAGGACUCGGAGGACGAAGUUCUGGCGGAGCUGCGCAAACGGCAGGCCGAGCUGAAAGCGCUCAGUGCCCACAACCGCACCAAGAAGCACGACCUGCUGAGGCUGGCAAAGGAGGAGGUGAGUCGGCAGGAGCUGAGGCAGCGGGUCCGCAUGGCAGACAAUGAGGUCAUGGACGCAUUCCGCAAGAUCAUGGCUGCCCGGCAGAAGAAGCGGACGCCCACCAAGAAGGAGAAGGACCAGGCCUGGAAGACUCUGAAGGAGCGUGAGAGCAUCCUAAAGCUGCUGGACGGGUAGCUCUCACCCCUGCCUCAGGCUGCCUUCCCCCGGCUUGGGAGGGGGAGGCCCACUUCCUUCUUUGGGCUGCCAGAAGCCUCAGCCUGUGGCUGCCUGUCUAAUGGCGACAGUCUCUAGAAGCUGUGACCCUUCUCUGAGGUCUUUUGGCCCAGCUCUGUACAGCCAGGACACGAGAGGCCCUGCUGGGCUGGCCUGGGGCCCAGUCUCUGCUUGGUCCCCCAAGAUGGGGGGGCUUCAUUUCUGGGUUGUCCUCGUCCCCCUCUUCACCAUCUCCCACUCCCCUACCCCUUUCACCCUCAAGGACUUCUCCCUUGUGGUUUUGUAAAGUACCAACUUAAGAAUAAAGUGACUGGUGUGGUUUUUUUUAAAAAGCA